AAUCUCUGCCACAUUAAAAGAAGUGUGGACUUGUAAAAUUCUCCAGUUUCACAGCUCAAGUCAGCAAGACAACUUGUCCCCUCAGUUCAACUCAUUUCAUAGUGAUUCUCGGAUAUUCUUGACUAUUCGACGCCAUGGCUGGCAAAUUAGACACCCCCAUCUCAGAAACUCCAGCUCCUGCCGAACAAAUCAAUCAGGAAGAUAAUGAAGCAUCACCACUACAAAGGAUGUCAGCUAGGGUGGCGGCACGCCGACGACAAGAACCAAGGCCAUCGACAUCUUUCAACGAUAUCGCCACUCCCAGGGAGGAGUACAAUCUAAAUAACUUGGGAUUUGAAGACUAUAUAGUCACCCUCCGUCUCCUCACGGACGGAGUACCAUACGCACUAGAUCGUCCACACGAAAAACAUCGAGAAGUCACGGAACGUCUCCGAAUAAUGGUGACCAACUUGGGGAUUAAGUGGAAUAAUAUGCCGCCAUGGGUGCGAGUCUACCGAAACGGCGAUGUCAUAAGGGCUGCAAGAAUGUUUCAUUUGGGUUUUAUAAAGAACAAGAAGACGUCUGGCGCUGAUGGGGAUGGGGGGUUAGCGGAGGUCACAUAAACGACGCCACCCCCCGCGAAACGCACCCGUUCCAAUCCCCCUUCAUCGGAUUCUACCUCUUCCAACUAGAAAUUAGGGACAACGGCAAAUCUGGAAGAAAAAAAUGGACAAUGUGGCAACUGGUUGGUUUUCUUUAGCUUCAUUAGCAAUUUUUAAUCCAUCUUAGAGAAAAACACAAAAAAAAGUUAUCCUGAUAUUAAUUUACUUUAGGGUUGCUUAUACUGCCUGAAAUAUAUUAUUUUCUACAUAAAACUUUGAAAAGUUUGCACAUUUUAAAAUAAGUUUUUUACAAUGCAAUAAUUUUUUGUACGGGAAUACAAACAAUUAAUAAUUAUGUAAUUGUAUUUUUAUAUUUAUGUAUACUAGCCUAUAAGCCCGUCUUGUAGACGGGCGGAUUUCUAAACUUCUUCAUUAGAUUUAAUCACAUAAUUCUAAUGUAUG